AUCUCUCAAGAGCGCCAUUAAAGAUCUGGGACAGUCCGGCGUAAGGAAGUUGUCUUAUGAUGAUGGCAAUGUCUCACCCUGGACAACUUGAAUGGCUGACAUCAGGUACGAUCGGCGCUCUUAUCGUUGAUGGUUGCACAAAGUAGCAUUCCAAGUCCAGGUUACGGUCUAUUUGAUUCAAUGUGUCUCAACCCGUAUAUUAACAAUAUUGCGAUCUUUUGGAACAAAUUAAUUACUGAACACAUUGGUUUCUGGUGGAGAAGCAUCAGGGAGAAAGAGACUGCACCCCUGCAAAGUGGCUCGCAGACGGCCCGAUCGCAGGAUACAGCAGCAUUCAUUCUCCCGCAAGGGAGCGAUUCAUCAGACGUGUUGGCUGUCACGCAAUGCUGGCCAAUGCUACAUGAUUCGCAUAAUCACGCUGCAUUAAACAUAGUAGUAGUAUAAGGCAAGAGACAAGCACGGUACAUGAUCUGCCAUCUGCUCUCAAAAGCCCUCAACGCCCAGCAAUUUUGUUAGGUCUUUUACUCAGAAGACUUUUUCAUUCAUAUUAGUUGUGGCA